UUAAUGCAACACGUACUUUUUCGCCAAGAGCAGCAUUUUCGAAACACGUCAGGACAUUUUAACUAGUUAAUAAAAUUUUUAUUUAUCAGUACACUAAAACUUUUAUUAAAUCAGGAAACUAGUAUAUCGAUGAUAAUAUCAACCAAUGAGAUUUAUCUACUUAAUUAUUAACAGCGGCUGUUUAGCAACGUCCUUAUUUGUUUCCUGAAAGUUAGGUUUAAACAAUAAAGGUCUACCGAACAAAUGCUAGUUUUAGUUUCAACUUCUUAUUGCUCCAAACAAAAAUUUCGUAAUGGUACCCUAAAGCGAUUAAAUCUGCUGGAAAGUUGAAAAUUUCAAACAGUUACAAAAAAUUCAAUGUGCAAAUUGGAUUGAAUUCAAAAAUAAAAAAGUUCGUUUCAUGUCUGAUAACUUUCGUAGAAAUACGGAAUUACGUAUGUUUCAUUCAAUCUUAGAGAUUAAUUUUGGUCAAAGAGUUGUUGUCACAGGAUUGGGAAUAGUUUCACCUUUAGGUGUUGGAGUUCAUCAUGUGUGGCAAAGGCUAUUAGAUGGAAAAACGGGAACUGUUCCACUUCUUGGAGACGAUUAUAAAGAUAUUCCUUGCAAAGUAGCGGCAUUUGUGCAAAGGGGUAAUGACCCUGGAUGUCUCGACAGACAUUUAGAAGAUGCAGAUUUUAAAAAGAUGUCUUUGACUUCAAUCUACGCUUUGAUUGCUGCUAACGAAGCACUGAAAGAUGCCAAAUGGUGUCCUGUUUCAACAGAUGCAUUAGAGAAAACAGGAGUAGCAGUUGGAACGGGUAUGGUUGAUUUAAUGGAUAUUGUAACAACUGGGAACAAAUUACAUCAUAGUGGAUAUAGCAAAAUAUCUCCAUUUUUUGUACCAAGAAUAUUAUCAAACAUGCCAGCUGGGCAUAUUGCUAUUAAAUAUGGCUUUAAAGGUCCUAAUCAUUCUGUGUCCACGGCAUGUGCCACUGGUCUUCACGCCAUUGGGGAUGCAUACAAUUUCAUAAAAAAUAAGUAUGCAUCCGUAAUGGUCUGCGGUAGUUCAGAAGCUGUCAUUAGUCCUUUAUCGAUCGCCGGCUUUUGUCGUAUGAGAGCACUUUCCACCCAUUUCAACUCUAAGCCAGAAGAGGCAUCAAGGCCUUUCGACUCCGAGAGAGACGGUUUCGUUAUGGGAGAGGGUGCCGGCAUACUCGUGCUGGAGUCGCUCGAUCAUGCCAUCGAGAGAGGUGCCAAGAUUUAUGCUGAAAUAUUAGGAUAUGGAUUAUCAGGAGAUGCUUAUCACAUAACAUCACCAGGUAAUGGAGCAUUCCGCAGUAUGAGGCAAGCUUUAUCACUCAGUAACAUUGACACAUCACAGAUAGGUUACAUCAAUGCCCAUGCCACAUCAACUCCUUUAGGUGAUUCAAUUGAACUCAAAGCCAUCCAUGAAUUAUUCAAAGAACACUCGGAAAUCUUAACUGUUUCUAGCACCAAAGGAGCUACUGGACAUUUAUUGGGUGCUGCAGGCAGUGUUGAAGCGAUAUUUACAAUUUUAGCUUGCUAUUCUGAAUCUAUACCACCAAAUAUUAAUUUGAAAUGUUUAGAUUCUGAAUGGCCUGUCAACGUUGCGGGCAAUCAUUGUGAGACUUGGCCACAUCAGGUGAAAGAAAAAAGAAUUGCCUUAACAAAUUCUUUUGGAUUUGGAGGAACUAAUGCUUCUCUUGUAUUUAGUAAUUUCUAAUGACAGUAAUAAUGCAAGAGUGUUAAAUUUCUUUUUAUGUGUAUUAUGAAUGUUAAAAUUGAAAUGAAAUAUGUAAA